UGACAACAAUACCCCUCUCCAUUUCUCAAUAAAAAGCCCUCACGCAGUCCACAGCAUUUCCAGACGCCUCCACUUCCCUGCACCAGCAGACUGCCGCCGCCCCCACCGCCCUAUAAUGGGCCAAAUCAAGGCGGCCGCUCCGGCCACCGCCCUCCGCCGCACCUCCAGCGCCGGCGGCGGCGGAAGCGGCUCCAUCGUCUUGGAAAAAUACCAACUCGGCCGCCUCCUGGGCAGAGGAAGCUUCGCGAAGGUCUAUCUGGCCCGAUCUCUCGAAAACGUCGACGAGGAGGUUGCAAUUAAGGUCAUCGACAAAGCCACCACCGCCGCCGCCAUGGAACCGCUUAUACUCCGGGAGGUUUCCGCGAUGCGCCGCCUCCGUCACCACCCGAAUGUCCUCGAGCUUCACGAAGUCAUGGCGACCAAAUCGAAAAUCUACCUCGUCAUGGAACUCGCCCACGGCGGAGAACUCUUCGCCAGGCUUCACCGGAGCCACCGCUUCUCCGAAUCGACGGCGCGGAAAUACUUCCAGCAGGUCAUCUCCGCUCUCUCCUUCUGCCACCAAAACGGCGUCGUCCACCGCGACAUCAAACCGCAGAAUCUCCUCCUCGAUCGCAACGGUUCGCUCAAAAUAACUGAUUUCGGACUCUCCGCGUUCUCAGAUCAAAAAAUUGACGGCCUAGUCCGCACCGCCUGCGGCACGCCUGCGUACACCGCGCCGGAAGUGAUCUGCGGCAAAGCUUACGACGGCGAGAAGGCCGACGCCUGGUCCUGCGGCGUUCUCCUCUACGUUUUCCUCACCGGAUCUCUUCCCUUCGACGACAGCAAUUUGCCUAAAAUGUGCCGCGCAAUGCACAAUCGAUCGUACGCUUUACCUGAAUGGUUGUCGAAGCCUGCUCGAUCCGUGAUCCGCAGAUUGAUGGAACCGAAUCCGAAUCACAGAUUAAACCUCGCCCAAUUAUCAAACCUCUCCUGGUUUAAGAAAUCAAUUCCAAAAGAGGCUUCCGAUACAAUUUUCUAUCAGGAGACAGUUUCUCCGAGAGCGAAUGCUUUCGACAUAAUCUCGAUGUCGUCGGGGCUGGAUUUGUCGGCGCUCUUCGAGCCGGAAUCGAGAAAUAAAAUUGUAAGAUUAACUUGUGGUACUGUACAGUUAGUGCAGAUUGAAGAGAGAGUGAUGAAGGCAGGGGAGGAGUUAGGGUAUAAAGUUAAUAGGAGGAAAUGUGGGGGAAUUGUUUUGGCGAAGGGGCCCAUGGCGGCGGCGGUGGUGGAGGUUUGGGAAGUGUCGCCGGAGGUGUGGCUGGUGGAGAUGAAGGUGGUGGUGGAUGGUGGCGCCGCGGCGGAGGCGGUGCAGUGGGAGGAGCUGAAAUCAGUGGUGUUGAAAAUUGAAGGUAUUUCUGCAACAACAAUGGCGGAUUGAUCUGUAACUGAAUAUAUAUAUAUAUAUAUGUUAGGGAAGGAGAUGAAUUUAACUUAGGAUGUGAAUUGUGGUUAUUUCUAUAAUCCGAUCUGCUCUGCUAAUUCAAUAAUAAUAAGUAGUUGAUCAUUUUGGUUUCU